CGCCCGGCUCCCGCUCCCGGCCCUGCCGGCCUCCUCCCUCGGCGCCGCGGCCAUGGCGGCCAGCGCGAAGCGGAAGCAGGAGGAGAAGCACCUGAAGAUGCUGCGGGACAUGACCGGUCUCCCGCACAACCGAAAGUGCUUCGACUGCGACCAGCGCGGCCCCACCUACGUGAACAUGACGAUCGGCUCCUUCGUCUGUACCUCCUGCUCCGGCAGCCUGAGAGGGUUAAAUCCACCACACAGGGUGAAAUCUAUCUCCAUGACAACAUUCACACAACAGGAAAUUGAAUUCCUGCAAAAACAUGGAAAUGAAGUCUGUAAACAGAUUUGGCUAGGAUUAUUUGAUGAUAGAUCUUCAGCAAUUCCAGACUUCAGGGAUCCACAGAAAGUGAAAGAGUUCCUACAAGAAAAGUAUGAAAAGAAAAGAUGGUACGUCCCUCCAGAACAAGCCAAAGUGGUGGCAUCAGUUCAUGCAUCUAUUUCAGGGUCCUCUGCCAGUAGCACAAGCAGCACACCUGAGGUCAAACCACUGAAGUCUCUUUUAGGAGAUUCAGCACCAGCACUGCACUUAAAUAAGGGCACACCUAGUCAGUCUCCAGUUGUAGGUCGCUCUCAAGGGCAGCAGCAGGAAAAGAAGCAGUUUGACCUUUUAAGUGAUCUUGGCUCAGACAUCUUUGCUGCUCCAGCACCUCAAUCAACAGCUACAGCCAAUUUUGCUAACUUUGCACAUUUCAACAGUCACGCAGCUCAGAAUUCUGCAAAUGCAGAUUUUGCAAACUUUGAUGCAUUUGGACAGUCUAGUGGUUCGAGUAAUUUUGGAGGUUUCCCCACAGCGAGUCACUCUCCUUUUCAGCCCCAAACUACAGCAUUUAGAAUGCUUUCAUCUAGCUGCAGUUUUGGUGAAUUUACUUCAGCUUUUCCUCUCCAGGCUUCCAACAGUGGAAGUGCUGGAUCAGUAAAUGCUAAUUUUGCUCAUUUUGAUAACUUCCCCAAAUCCUCCAGUGCUGAUUUUGGAACCUUCAAUACUUCCCAGAGUCAUCAAACAGCAUCAGCUAUUAGUAAAGUUUCAACGAACAAAGCUGGUCUACAGACUACAGACAAAUAUGCAGCACUUGCUAAUUUAGACAAUAUCUUCAGUGCUGGGCAAGGUGGUGAUCAGGGGAGUGGCUUUGGGACCGCAGGUAAAGCUCCUGUUGGUUCUGUGGUUUCAGUUCCCAGUCAGUCAAGUGCAUCCUCAGACAAAUAUGCAGCCCUGGCAGAACUAGACAGCGUUUUCAGCUCUGCAGCCACUUCCAGUAACGCAUAUACUUCCACAAGUAAUGCUAGCAGCAGUGUUUUUGGAACAGUGCCAGUGGGUGCUUCGGCACAGACACAGCCUGCUUCUUCAAGUGUGCCUGCUCCCUUUGGAGCUACGCCUUCCACAAAUCCAUUUGUUGCUGCUGCUGGUCCUUCUGUGGCAUCUUCUACAAAUCCAUUUCAGACCAAUGCCAGAGGAGCAACAGCCGCGACCUUUGGCACCGCCUCCAUGAGCAUGCCCGCGGGCUUCGGGACUCCCGCUUCCUAUAGUCUUCCCACCAGCUUCAGCGGCAGCUUCCAGCAGCCUGCCUUCCCAGCCCAAGCAGCUUUCCCUCAACAGACAGCUUUCUCUCAACAGCCCAAUGGUGCAGGUUUUGCAGCAUUUGGACAAACAAAGCCAGUGGUAACCCCUUUUGGUCAAGUUGCAGCUGCUGGAGUAUCUAGUAAUCCUUUUAUGACUGGUGCACCAACAGGACAAUUUCCAACAGGAAGCUCAUCAACCAAUCCUUUCUUAUAGCCUUAUAUAGACACUUUACUGGAACGAACUUUUACGUGGUCACAUUACAUCUCUCCGCCUCUUGCACUGUUGUCUUGUUUCACUGAUCUUAGCUUUAAACACAAGAGAAGUCUUUAAAAAGCCUGCAUUGUGUAUUAAACACCAGGUAAUAUGUGCAAAACAGAGGGCUCCGGUAACAACUUUUAACCUGUGAAUUGGCAGAAAAAGGUAGCGGUAUCAUGUAUAUUAAAAAUUGGCUAAUAUUAAGUUAUUGCAGAUACCACAUUCAUUAUGCUGCAGUACUGUACAUAUUUUUCUUAGAAAUUAGCUAUUUGUGCAUAUCAGUAUUUGUAACUUUAACACAUUGUUGUGUGAGAAAUGUUACUGGGGAAAUAGAUCAGCCACUUUUAAGGUGCUGUCAUAUAUCUUGGAAUGAAUGACCUAAAAUCAUUUUAACCAUUGCUACUGGAAAGUUACAAAGUCAAAAUUGGAAGGUUUUAUUCAUUCUUGAAUUUUUCCUUUCUAAAGAGCUCUUCUAUUUAUACAUACCUAAAUUCUUUAAAAAUGUAGAGGGAUACCUGUCUGCAUAAUAAAGCUGAUCAUGUUUUGCUACAGUUUGCAGGUGAAAAAAAUAAAUAUUAGAAAAUAUGCUAUUGUUUUUGUGUUCUUGCUGCAAUGCCUUUACCAAAGUGGCCUUAAAAUAUGAGUAGUGAAUUGAGAACAUCUUGAAUUCUUAAAUUAGAAUUUCAGAAGACUUCUAGUGACUAACUUUUAUGUCUAAAAGAAAAAAUUUUAUAAAAAAGGCCAUGUAGAAAAUUUAUUAAAACUACGAUGACUGCUAUAUUCAGGAAUAUGUCAGUGGUAAAGCAUUUAAAUGUAGCUUGUCAGAUUCACCGUAAUCCUUCUAAUUUCUUUGCAACUUCUUAAUUUUGUGAAAAUUUGUAUAUAUGAAGAAUUUGCAUGUAUGUGUAUUUACAAAUUUUUUUAAGUAUCUUGAAUUCUCAGACUGCAGAAGUCCUAUUUUAACUAUUGAUUUUUAAACAAAAAUACUGUCUUUGAAUGUAUUGGAAGCAGACAUGCAUUAACUGUGACAUGAUUGCACCUCAGUUUUUUUUUUCCCCCCUUUGUUUGGACAAACUGAUAUUAUUAAAAUAGGACAUUUAUUUAUGUUCAUUUCUGGGGGAAAAAAACUGGAACCCAGUGUUACCUUAAAGUUAUAGAAUACUUUGUUUAAAAAGGCAACGAUACUAAUGUUUAGUUAGAUCUUUUUGUUAAUAGAUGAACUUGUUUAAAUAUUUAUGUACAGUAAUGCCUCAUUCAUCGAGAUGUAAUCUAGCAGUCUCAUCAAUACAGAACACAACUGAGAAACUUGGAAUAAUUCUUUUUUAAAUGCCUUUGAGCAACCCACAUAAGUCACAGGGUCUCUAUAUGUUUGUUUUUAUGUGAAAUUUUGAUUAUUUGAUUUCCCAGCCUAGCAUAUUAGCAGUUCAGAAGUGAUGGUUUGGAAGGAGAUAGAAAAACCCUGAAAACCUGUCGACCAUUUAGGGUAAGGGCAGCCAGGCCAGCCUAGAGGACAUCACUGUAUUACAUCAUGUUCUGAUAAUAGUCUGGUACUAUGACUCUGUGUCAUCAAGAAAAGGUAAAAUUACAUAAACAAAUGUAAUACGUGUUUGGAAAGUUUUAUCUUACAAUGAUUAAACUUUUUUUUAAAGUUUUGGUAUUAAAAGAAGUGAACAUCAGUUUCUUCAAACAUUUUAUUUGUGUUGAAUACCUUUUCCAGUGGUGACUACAUGAGUUUUUACACAAUCUUAAAGUCUGUGUAGUGUUCCAGACUUGGUAAAACCUUGCUGUCCCAUUGCAUCUCCAGCUCAGUGUGUGGUUUAUCUUAACUAUUUUGAUGAGCAAGAAGACUGGGAAAUCUCUGCCUCUUUUUGAACAUUAUGCCUCUUCUCUUAAUAUUGAAUGAAUGCUGCAGAGGUCUCGAUAUGUGGGCUGAAAUACCUUGAAAUACCUACAGUUUGGGGGUCUCUCUCCAGCCCUUUUUUCAUGGAGGGAAUGCUUAAGAAAUGUCUUUGAAUUUCUGUGUUUUAGAUUGUACAAUUCAUAUGUACAAAGUUAUACUAUAUAAUUGUAGGCCAUUACCGAAAUAACCUACGAGGCUUUCCAUCUAAAAAUAAGUAAAUUAAACAGUUGUUAUUAAAAUAAUUUUAAAGACUUUUUUUUCCGGGUAAAUCUUGAACUUUGUAAGUAAAUGAGAACUCUUAUUGACUUACUUUAAAUGAGUGCUUAUAAAAUCGAAAUCCUUAGUUUAAAAAGUGAUCCAGCCUUAAUGUGGAUUUAAAUUCACUUUUGUUAGACUUUCCUAUUCAGAUUUACUUUUGGUUUUAUAUAGACGCAUCAGAAUUGUGUUGAGUACUGAAGAGGAGGACAAGUCUGAAGAACUCCAAAUUUUCUGGCUUACUGGUUCAAUCAGAUCUUCUCUCCUGUUUUUGCUCUGGAAGGAGAAUUUUCUUUUUUUUUAGAGUGGCAAACAUUGUUGAUACAGUUUAAAGGCAUAUUUUUUUCUCAUUUUUGUGACAAUAGAGAUUAGGCAAUCACUUUCUUCCUUAAAAUAAUUCCUUUUUUAAAUCUGAAGAAGCCUGUCAGCGCUUUACGUGUGCGUUGCCCUAGCCCCCAGCACACACCUUCUUUGGUACAGUUCCUGGAAGUUGGGAAAAUGAAGAGAAGGCUAACUGGCUGCUUUUGUAUGGCAGCACUCACAGUUCUCAAACAUUUUGGUCUCUUUUAAAAAAAUUACCGAAGAUACCCAAAGAGCUUUUGUUUAUGUAGCUUGUAUCUAUCAGAAAUUACUGUAUUAGAAAUUAAUACUGACAUACUUAAAAAACGUGUUUAUUCAUUUAAAUAUAACAAACCCAUUGCAUGUUAACAUAAAUGCCAUUUUUAAAUAAAAACUAGUUGUCUUCCAAAAGCAGUUAAUUAAUGAGAAGAACAUUGUUUUAUGUUUUGCACAUCUCUUUUUGCACCUGGCCUGAGAAGCAGUGAGUUUCUCCUGCUCCCUUGGCAUCACAAUGAUUUUUCUGUCAUGUGGCAUGCGGGCCCUGGAAAACUCCACUGUGCACUUGUGAACUCAUGAGUGAGACAGACCUAUAACAUUUUAGUAGUAGUAUGAAAAUAGUUGUGACACUUGGCUUUUGGGGACUCUCAGAGGUCCUCAGACUACACUUUGAAAACCACUGUGCUACACUUUAAAUUUCUAUUUUCCAGAAUAACAGUGUGUGGUUGUAGGGUAAACAUAGUGCUCCUUGAACUUCCAAGUGGUUUUCUUUGCUUGGUGGGAAAAGUGGAACGUUGAGUUGAAACGGCAAACGUUUUUAAUACUGUUUUCUGGAUUUUCUAUUUCUGUUUGAAAUUGUUUUAAUAAUGAUGACAUUGGUGAAUAUGUCCUUCAAGGAUAUUACAAGUUCUGAUUCAUGGUUAUUGAUGUUUAUUUUGGAAUCAUUUACUAUUCCGACCACUUUGAAAUUGUGUCGUCAUUUAAUAGCUAUCAAAUAGCUAUUUUAAAAAUGAAAAAAUGCUUUGCUGAAGAGAAGGUCAAAAUGAAUAGUUUCUUCUCUCUCAUGUUUAUAGUUAAUAAUUUUAGCUAUAGUUAAAGAAUUUUUUUAAUGAAAAGUGGAUUCCUCUAACAAAAAAAUCACUAUCCUCCAGGAAGUCCACUAUUACGAUUUAAAGGAAUGUGUUUACUUCUUUAGAAAGAGGUUUCCUAUGGUUUUCCCACCAGUGGCUUUUUAUACGUUGUUCAUCUUUAAAGAGAGCACUUGGUGUUGCUUCUCAUUUAAACAGAAUGCUUGGAAGUUCUUUUGAAGUGACUUUAAAAGAUAGUUUACAAUAAUUAGUCACCACAAACUCUGGCUUUGUUACUGCUAUUGUUGGCAUAUUGUAAAAUAGGCUUUUUUUGAGCUAAUACUCCAUUUCUAUCCCCAGGCGGGCCCUGUGCCUUGCUUCUUGGGCCUUCUUCGUCUGUGUGUUGUGCUCCUUCACUGAACUUGUGUUCAUAAUGACUCACCUCAUCUUUGGUCUCCACCAACAGUCUCAGACUUCCAUCAGAAAAUUAAUCUCUAGGAGACCAUUGUGAAGAUACGUUUUUUAAAAAGUAAUGACUUCAAAGUAUGUGGUGGUAUUAUGGGGUGUGAUUUAUUAAGCCCUUUAAAUGUAUGAGAAACUUGCUAAGUGCUCUUCAUGUAUUAUACAAUCCUGAAGUGGAUGCAUACUUUAAGGAUGAAAGAAGGCAAGGCAUAGGGAGGCUAAGCUAAUGACAGAGCUUUUGCUCUGGAGAGCAAAUAUUUCAUUGUUGGAUUGAAGGGCUGUCACAUUUCUGUGUAAGUAGCCCUUUAAAAAAAGUCUUAAAAUUCCAGGAGAGUUACUUUCUAUAUCCCGUAUACCUAAUAAAACUUAGUUAUUUAAUUUGAGUUCCAUUCAUAAUUUGAUGAAAUCAAUACAGUUUAUUCACUAGGCUUUUAUUUAAACUUUACAAGUUAAUUAAUGGGGUAAUUAGUGGACCUUGUUUUAAACUAAAGAAGCAUCUGUGAAGUAUUACAGUGAUCCCUAUUUUGUGAGAAACAUUCCCUCUUUUAUUGAUACGGUUUGUGCCUUAGGUGGUUUUAAAAUUUACUUUCUAAAGGAUGCCAUUAUUAAAAUUUGUGUUAAGUUAGCCUAUUAUAUGAAAUUCAUCCUCACUAGUUAAAUUUUCCUUUGUAUAUUUUAGAACAUUAUAAUGUCAUUAAUUAAAAAUUUGCAUUGUAUAUUUGAACAAGUGAAUAUAUGACCAAGAUGUAAUUCUUAGUGUUGUGCCGAUGAGACUUUUUCUCUCAUGAAAAAGUGCCCUGUUCUGUACUGCUUUACUGAUAUUUGUGGUGUAGAUACUCUCACAAUGGCUGAUGUCACCUAUCAAUCUGAUGUCAUUAAACUUGGAAUUAGAAAGAGAUGUGCACCAGGCUCCCAGGCCUUUGCAAGCCAACUCCAGUGCAGCACUCACAAUUCUACAACUCGUUCAUUAAAUUUAUUGGUGAUUGUAUCCAAUAUUUGAAGAGCCUUUUGUUUAUGUUGUUAAUUUAGCAAGCAUUUGGACACUAAUUCAGUUUAAUAAGUGAAUGGGGCAUGGUGUUAUUUAAUCUGGAAAGACUCAAGUAUUGUGAACCUUGGUAUUAAAAAGUCCAGUUAUUGUGCUAAUGGUAAGGCUUGCACAGUCGUGACAUAUACUCUGAAUUCUGUCUGCGGUUUUUUGUUUGACCAGCACAGUGUUUUAAAAACUUGGAUUUUUGAAUAGUUUUAAAGCAUGCACACGUAAGGUGGCCACUGGCCUACUCCCAGUUUUCUUAGCCUCAAACAUUCAAAUGUAUUUUAAGACCUUCGAGUUGGCAAAUCCCAUGUCUGGGUAAGAGGGUUCUUAUGAAAUCUCAUUGUUCUGAUUUUGGAGUCCUGUAGGAUUUGAAUGUAUGGUAUUAAUUUCCAGUGAAGACUUUUGCUAAGAAUGUGUUUCUUUUCAAACUUUUGGCAUCUGUGUAUUCUGUUUAUUUUAUAGCCCUGCAUAAGAAUUCAACGUGUGUUUAAAUAGUUUUUGGAAUCUAUGCUUGUCUAACUCAAAGGGCUGUGGAGUUUAAUGAAAAGAGAAAUCUUGUGACUCGGACUCUUGUAAAAAGGAAAAGUGAUCUUGGAUAAAAUAUUUUAAUUAGUGAUUAAAAUGCCCAUUUAAGUUAAUUUUGUCAUUGGUUCUCUAGAAUCUUGACUAGGUAUCAUCCAAGUCACAGUUUAAUCAAUGAGAGUUAAGAUUUAAACUCUAAAUUCUCAGUAUUUUCUCUUAAUCUUGAGAGAGAGGAAGCACACACCCAAGGAGCCUUCUAAUUUUGUCUAAAUGACCAUUAAAUAAAUGGCAGCAAAGAAUUGUAAACUGAUGUUAUACGGUUAAUGUUUCAUAGAAUGCUGUGGGUACAAUCAGGUUUUUUAAAGACUUUUUUUUUAUGUGUUAUAAAACAUGCUUAUGAUUUUUAAAAAUUAUGCAAUAUAUAAAGGGUAUAAAGUGAAAAAUUACAUCUCGUCUCCUUCCUGUGACUUCAUUCCCACACCCCAGGGGAAUAUAGUUUCUUGUAUUCUUGUAUAGUCUUUCAGAAAUGUUACCAUUUAUUUCAUAUGCCUCUGUAUACAUAUAUACUCCUCUUGCUGUCCUCCUUUAUUUUAAAUGUACAAUUUUGUAACUUGGUUCUUUUUAUUUAAUUUGGUUUUCUUUACAUAGUAGCACAUCCAGCUCUAACUCAUUAUUUUAAUGGCUGCAGGAUUUCAUUAUAUGGAUGUCCCUUUUGGAGAGUAUUUGUAUAGAUUUUUCUACUAAAAACAUUAUUAAAAUUGAGAACAUCCUUAUGCAUAUGUGAAGAUAAGUCUUGACCCUGCCUGACUGGAAACUCAAUAAAACAGACCUCAUUCAAC